CACAUUUGUAACCCAACAUGAAUCAAAAUUUAUGUCAAAAGAGAAGAAUGUGAAGAAUGUUCAGCACCGAGGAUGUACUUCGGGUAUCUCUGUGUCCCAUUACUGCAUGUGAAUUUCCUCUGCAGCUGCAGGUGGUCGACUUGUUUCACUGCCAGCAGUGUACAGGAGAAAACGAAUCGAUCGAAUUUCUUUAAGUGGCGGGAGGGACUUCCAGCUCUCGGUGGCCUUUCCUUGCUCCACUCUCUGCAGUCCGGGAGGACGCUGGCAAUGAAGGAACGAACGUCGACUUGACCGGGCAUUGUGGUUCUUCAUGGGGCACUCGAACGUGUCGAAUUUCGUUCUGGCAGUGACCGUGCCUCUGCCAUCUUUGCUCUUCUACCUUUCAUUUGUGCAGAAAUGCGAUGGGGAUCGCUGGGAGAACGAGUACUGGACAUGGGUGUGUGACUGGGGACGAUUGCAUCCUUUGUACCUCGUGAAUGUGCUCUUCUUUCUCAAUGUGGACAUCCUGUUUUGGGUUGUAGGGCUCGUACAGCAGAAUGUGUGGCUAAUCGAUCCAUAUUGGACCAUCAUCCCGGUCCUGAUUGCGCAUUUCUAUUCAGCGUAUCCCGCUGCGCAGUACGACCUUCUUCGCUCGCGGGCAGCAUUGCUCCUUAUCUGGAUAUGGAGUGCUCGUCUCACUUACAAUUAUUUUCGAAGGGAGCUGUGGCAGUGGGGCAAACGAGAGGACUGGCGUUUCACAGACAUUCGUAGAAAGGAUCCCAGGAAUUGGUGGUGGAAGUCUUUUUUCGUUUGUUUCGUAUCUCAGCACACUUUCCUCGUAGGGAUCACUCUUCCGUUUUACUCGAUUUUCACCAAUGCGCGCCUUUGGAACGCGUGGGACGGACUGGCGUUCUUGGUGUGCUUGUCGGGAAUCACCAUCGCGCAUGUGGCCGAUACGCAGCUUCACAGUUUUGUCGCGAGGAACAAUAUUUUAAAAGAUUUAGGGGCUCCCACAGAACCUUUGCUGAAUCGAGGUUUGUGGCACUACUCCAGGCACCCCAACUACUUCGGCGAGCAGCUGUUUUGGUGGGGUUUGAGCCUCUUCUCAGUUAAUUUAGGGCAAUCCUGGGCUGUCGUUGGCACCGCCAUCAAUUCCGCUUGUCUCGCAUACACCACAGUGUUGGUCGAGAGGAAGAUGGUGCAAGAACCCUCCAGGGCAGAUGUGUAUCGACAAUACCAGAAAUCUACGUCAGUUUUAAUCCCUUGGUUCAAUAGGUCGACCCUUGUGAAGUCAAAAACGUCAUGAAUGUCAAUACGACCGUAUACCAUAAUUUAAUUCAAGUACGAAGCGUCAGAUAUCUUAUGCUUCUGUCAGGUGUACCAUGCCUCUAUGAAUAAAAACGAGGAGAAUGAAUUCCUCACCUGUGUCUGUAACAUGGAAGAAAACUUUACUUCCGGGACUUCUUCAGUGUUGCAAAUUGCAACACUGAAGAAGUCCCGGACUCUUCCGCGCAUUGCAACUUGCAAUGCGCGGAAGAGUCAGCAACGCACUCGGUUUCCACUUCCGCACCCCAAACCGAGCUGCUCGUUAUCCCGGCCCCAAGGAUUAUUGACACCUUUGUCCAGAGGACAAACUGUAUGUUGCUUCGUCAAGUUUCGAAGACGACCGAGUAUCCAAAAUCUUACUGGGCUCGGUGCUAGGGUUAAAGGGCGUUUUUCAACCCCUUUCC